CCUCGAACGCCCCGCCCCGCUGUCGCGGUCGGUCCCCACCCCGCCACCGGCUCGCGCUCACACACACACACACACACACACCACUCACUCAGACUUGGGCUGGAGCCGCCUCUGUGGCCGGGCUCUGGUGCGCGUCCUCCUGUCCUGCAGCCUCCACACCUGUCGGACCGUGCGUCCCGGAGCUGGCGCCCCUGAUCCCGCCUGGGCCAGCGAAGGCCAUGGUUUCUCCGCUCGGGUCUCCCGCUACCAGCUUGCUGUGGAUUUUGUUCCUGGGGCUGAGUACCCUCGCGACCCCCUCGCGGGCCCAACUGGAGCUGCACGUGCCCACCGGCCUCGUCAAAGUGCUAGCUACGGAGGGAGGCGAAGUGGUGCUCCCGGCGUGGUACACUCUGCAAGGGGAGGUGUCCUCUGCCCAGCCGUGGGAGACGCCUCUCGUGAUAUGGUUCCUGGAACAGAAAGGAGAGGAUCUGAAGCAGGUGUUGGCCUACAUCAAUGGGGUCCUGUCAGGCAAACCUGAAGCCUCCCUGGUCCACACCAUGCCCUCCCGGAACGUGUCCAUGCGGCUGAAGGACCUCCAGGAGAAGGACUCGGGCUCUUACCGCUGUUCUGUGAAUAUUCAAGACAGUUCCGGCACCAACAGGGGCCACAGCAGCAAAACAUUAGAACUCAAUGUGCUGGUGCCUCCAGCCCCUCCGUCCUGCCACCUGCUGGGUGUACCUCGCGUGGGGGGCAACGUGACCUUGAUGUGCCAGUCCCCAAGGAGCAAGCCCACAGCCCAGUACCAGUGGGAGGGGCCACCACCAUCCUCCAAGAUUUUCUUUGCACCAGUUGCAGAUGUCAUCCGCGGGUCUUUAAGGCUCACCAACCUUUCCACGUCUAUGUCUGGAGUCUACAUCUGCACGGCCCACAACGUGGUGGGCAGUGCCCAGUGCAACGUGACGCUGGAAGUGAGCACAGGGCCCGGUGCUGCUGUGGUUGCUGGAGCUGUUGUAGGCACCCUGGUAGGAUUUGUGCUGCUAGCUGGGCUGAUCCUCUUGUACCAGCGCCGGGGCAAGGCUCUGGAGGAGCCGGCCAAUGAUAUCAAGGAGGAUGCGGUUGCUCCACGGACCCUCACCUGGCCCAAGGGCUCAGACACAAUCUCCAAGAAUGGGACCCUGUCCUCCGUAACAUCAGCACGAGCUCUCCAGCCGCCGCACAGCCCUUCCAGGCCUGCUGCUUUGACCCCUACGCCCAGUCUUUCCAGCCAGGCCCUGUCCUCACCCAGGCUGCCCAGAACAGACGGGGCACCCCCUCAGCCCGUAUCCUCCAGCCCUGGUGGGGUUUCUUCUUCUGCCCUGAACCGCAUGGGCGCUGUGCCUGUGAUGGUGCCCGCCCAGAGUCAGGCUUGGUCUCUGGUGUGACAGCCCAGCCACUCACUGGCUGACUGUCUGGUUGGUGGCUCCUCUUCCCAUAGGGGUCAACCCUAGCACAGAGGCCUGAGUCUUGGGAGGGUAGCCACACUCGAGACCUCCAGGCCUCAGCCCCUACCUCUCUUUUCUGUGGGAAAGCAUGUUUCAGUGAGACCCAAAUGCCCAGGAAGUUGCCGGAGAGGAGGAAGUGCAUCUGUGAUAGGGAGGGGCCUCCACCCUCUUCCACCCCUCCCUAUGAAGCCAGCUGAAUGCUGCCCAGAUUAGCCACAUAACAGGGGCCCUGUAGGACACUGCCAGUCCAAGAGUGCCCCCAGGCCACCUGGACCUGUGCCCCACCCGUAUCUAAUGCCAUCCUUUGCUCCCACUCCCUGCAUUCAUAUAACCUGUCCUGCUGGCUUGGCUGGGUUUUGUUGGGGCAGGGGAUAGGGAAGCUAUUUUUUAAACUAACUUGAAAUGUGUGUUUUUUGCCUUUAUUUUGCAAAUUUUAAUAAAGAUACAUUGGGUUU